CUUACAGCCUUUUGACCCGUUUGGCUUCCCGUAGCAGCGAGGCUUGGCGCGCUGCGCGGAGGUUUGGUGGGGGAGUUGUACCUCUUUGGGGGAAGUUCGCUGCAUGUCCUGUACGUUUAUGAAACUAUGGCUCUGAACUACCAGACAUCGACUCUUUCUCUCACGUUGCCAAUUUCCUGCCAGAUAUGCCUCGGAAAGGUUAGACAGCCGGUCAUUUGUUCCAAUCACCACGUGUUCUGCUCGUCCUGCAUGGAAAUGUGGUUAAAGAAAGCUAACCAGUGUCCCACCUGCAGAGUCCCCAUCACAGCAGAAAACCCCUGCAGGGAGAUCAUCGGAGGAACAAAUGAGGGUGAUCACAGUGAUAGUCCUUCUAGGAGAAAAUGUCUCAGAAAAACAAGAGGCGAACUGCUUUUACGAGAGUAUGAGGAGGAAAUUGAAGGGCUCAUGAGGGAAAACGAGGAGCUGAAAACUAAAAAUCAAAGCCUGGAGGAGCAACUGAAGACUGCUUUGGAUCCUUGCAGUAUUAAUACAGUGCAACUGGAUGACAAAAGGGUCGCCCCGUUUGUCCUGGAAGAGUGGACAAACAAGCUGCGAGCUGCCACAGAUGUCUGUGAUAAAGUAAAGAAGGACAUGGAUAAGCUUAAAGAGGCAAAUAAGGCAUUGCGGUCUCAAAAUGUUGACCUUGUGCAAGAAAACAUGAGACUGAAAGCAGAGGUUGCAAGCAGAUCUCCUCAGAAGUUUGGUCGAUACACAGUCGCAGCGCUGGAAGCUAAAAUUCAGCAGUAUCAGCGUGACGUAGACCACUUGAAAAGGGCUCUUGAGCGCAGUGACCAGUACAUCGAUGAGCUGGAGAAUCGGGUCAGGGUGUCUGAGAAGAGAUAUCUUGAAGUGCAGGAAGCAUGUGGGAGUUGCAAGACUGCAAAGGAAACUCUCUCACAGCAGCAGAAAGUCAACAUGAUGAUGAGAAGCUUGAGCGACAAUGAGAGGAAGUCGAUUUACAGCAAUCCAGAGGCAGAAUGUGGAACAUUUUCUAGAAGUCACAGUUUGAUGUUCAUGCCGUCUACAGUUCACGAGGAGUUCAAUAAGAAUCUGACAGCAAAGCAGAAAAUCGAGGACUCGGAAAGCACCUCCUCUGACUUUAUGCCCAGUACGCCGUCAUCUGCUUUCCGGUCCCUGACUCUGAGAAGCCCUGGCAUUCGUGAAAAGAAAGUUGCAUUUAAACCUGGGUCUUAUCUGAGGAAGCUUGAUUUUGAAGAGGUUCCCAGUCCUGAUAAGAGCAGCACCACAUUAGAGAACCAAUUCAAUGGUUUUGAGAAAUUCCCCAAAGGCUUGCCUCCAAAUGACAUGGAACCCUCAAAAUCUGUCUUCUGGGCAGGUUGGGACAAAUCCAACUCUAAUGACCAGCCAUGUCCAGGUUCAAGUAAAGGAAGCUCAAUUAAUGGAUCUACUAAUCUUGUGGUUGAUCAACCUGAUAGUUUUCAGAUGUCAAGUGAGGCCUCUAUGGAUGCAGCCUACCUGAACAAAAUCUCAGAGUUGGACUCCAUGAUGCUGGAGGGUGAGAGUUCCUGUAGCCCAGCGCUCUCCGCUGAUUCCUCUCUUCCCGCAGACAUGGGCAAAGCAUUAGUUCCAGAGGCUCAAAUGUGUCCCGAUGCCUCAUCAAGCCAUAGUGAUAAACUAGUGAUGCACAACAAGCAUAACAACCCCCAACCAUGUGACAACAUGGAGGGCAUCUUCAAAGACAAAGAAGCUCCAGAAGGCUCUGCAGAGGAAGGUUUUGCUGCAUUAGUGUCGGGUAGGAAGAAUGGUGUCCAAGUGCCUAACUGUGCCGGGCGUGGAGGGGCCUCUCACACUGAAGAGCUGUCUUUUGAUUUGCUGUUUGAUCCUCUAGAUGAGAAUAAGGCAGGUCCCUCUGGCUUUCCAGCAAGCCAAGAUCAUGAUCAUGUAAACCCCUCCUCUUCCUCCUCUGGCUGCACUGCUGGUAAACCUGUGAACACAAUAAGAGACAGACACACGUUGAACAGCAGCCAGCCAAUAAAGAGAAAGUCCCACAGUCCCUUUACCAUAAGCAGUCCCACCAAACUUUCAAAGCUUAUGUGAAAAAUGUCAAACCAAACCUCUGUUCCUGGUGUGCUUCCUUCCAGUGGUACUAUGUUUUGGUCAGGCUUCAGAAUAAAUGUGUUAAUAUGAUGCUAGGGGGUAACUUAUUGUUUCUUUUUGUCAUUUCUCUGUUGUGAUAUUGCAUCAAUUAAGCUAAAACAAGACAGGAGUGUUAGUUUCUGUUCAGUGUGGUUAUAGGCCUCAUUAGUGAUUACAGUCCUACUCUUAACCCAGGCUGUUGUGUUCCACUGUAGUUUGGGCUGAGACAUUUUUCCAAAUACACUUUCAGCCUUGUUUUCCAUGUUCUGCUAAUGUGGUCUUUAUAGUACUUUUUUAUGGUAUGCAAUACUCAAGACAGAUGAAUGUGAUUAUCAUAAAAAACUGUAAUGUAUAUUAGGAAAUAAAACAGAA